AAUUAUUUCGAUUUGAUAUACAUCAAUUAUUGUUAUACAGUAUGUACUUGAUCACAAUAGCCCCAUAUCUCUGACGUACCCACAUGCUACAACAUAACUCUCCAUCGUUUAUCACUGCCUCUAUAAUGAUGCCUUCCUCUGUUUUUGCCAAACACUAUAAUUUUGAUAUCUUUCAUCUCUAAUCUCUCUCACAAUGGCUGUAUCAUUUCAAAUCAAGAACCCUCUAAGACCAAUCACCAACAUUUCAAGAAGCUACGGUCCGUCCCGUGUAAUCACAACAUGUUCUGUUACUACCACUAAUCCUCAGCCUAAUCUUGAGAGGCUUGUGGUUAAACAACGCCUUGUGAAUCCUCCUCUGUCCAAGGACAACGACCAAACUCUCCAAUCGACAUGGAACCACCGGUUAUGGGUUGCAGCGGGCUGCACAACUGUGUUUGCCUCUUUUGCCAAAUCUAUCAUUGGAGGGUUUGGUCCUAAUAUCUGGCUUGAACCAGCUUUAGCUAGUUAUGCAGGGUACGUCUUAGCUGAUCUAGGAUCCGGUGUUUACCACUGGGUCAUUGAUAACUACGGUGAUGAGUCAACACCUAUAGUAGGAACACAACUCGAAGCAGCUCAAGGUCACCACAAGUGGCCUUGGACAAUCACCAGACGACAAUUUGCCAAUAAUUCACACGCUAUAGCUCGAGCCAUAACGUUCACAGUUCUCCCAUUAAACCUUGCAUUUAACAACCCUGUGUUUCAUAGCUUUUUGAGUACAUUUGCAUUUUGCAUACUCUUUAGCCAACAAUUCCAUGCUUGGGCUCAUGGAACCAAGAGCAAGCUUCCACCUCUCGUGGUGGCGUUACAGGACAUGGGGCUGCUUGUUUCACGGAAAGAUCACGUGGGACAUCACCGAGCACCAUAUAACAGCAACUACUGCGUAGUGAGUGGGGCAUGGAACAAGGUUUUGGAUGAAAAUAAGUUCUUUGCGGCACUAGAGAUGGUUUUGUAUCUCCACUUUGGGGUGUCACCAAGGUCAUGGAACGAGCCAAACUCUGACUGGACAGAAGAAACCGAGAUCUCCUCCAACAACCAAGCAUAACUCAGUCCAUUACAAAGAUUCAAACUGUGUGCUGAAAAGAUUAGUAUGAGUUUAUGGAAUAAAGAGCAUGUACUAGGUGCAUGUUUAAGUAUCCGAUAUUGUAAGCUGAUCUUGUGAUCUUUUUGUAAGCAUGCAAACUUCAAUAAUCUGAACUCAUG